AACCCCGUUGACUUAAACCCAUUUUAUAACGGAUAAGUUAACGGUAUUCUAGUGGAAUAUGGACGGGUUAUCGGGUUACAAAAUUUACCUCAAAGUUAUCGAAGCGUUAACCAGUCCGGGUUAUGUCUAAACUUAAACGAUUUUAGAAUUUUUGACAAGUCAGAACUAACGGGAUUUUUGAAGAGCUAACACGGUGCCAAUUUAUAUCGGGGAAAAAUUGUUGGAAAAAAAUGGAUUUAAAACAAACAUGGCUACAAUUUAAACACUAGUUACCCUAAAAUAAAAUCGAGACUGGUAACAAGAUGGAAACUAAAGUAAUGCGACAUAUUCCCACCGAGGAACCGUUUCGGAAAACUUGGAGUAUUCCAGCAACGAUAAUAUCCGAGGAAGAACUAAAAGCAGCAGAAAAGAACGAUAAUACUGAUGGAGACCAAAGGACCCGAAUUGAACCUAAUGUACCAGUUGAAAUAGUGAAAAGUGUGAUACCAAAUAUGCCCGAUAUACAAAUACAUUAUGAUAAACAAGAACCAGUCAAACAAAAUCAAACACAUUCAACGGAAGUGACGUUCCGAACUCCACAAAAAGUGCAUAGUGAAUAUUCAAAACGGUUGCAAAAUUUGAGCACAGAUUUGCACCGGUCGAACUCUAGUUCUUUACUUUGUGAUAAAUCCGACUGGAUGAUUGCUGAAAGGUCCUACUCGAGGUCGCCGCCAUCGCCAGCAAUUGUGUCAAGGUCACCUGAUCUUAGGUCAAGGUCACCAAUGGUACCGAUAUCUCCAUCUGUUCAUACAAACUCAAACAUAUUUAACUUUUCUCCGGAAAGAACGGAAAUGUACAGAGCCGAGAUAGAUUCGGAGACAAGACGGGUAAAGAAGCGAUUAUUCGAAGAAAUGGCGAUGAAUUCGCAAGUGCCAGUAUCGUCUGAUAGCCUUUCAUCCGGGUACCUAAGUAAUCAUUUAUCACCAAGUCAUCGUCAUAGAGAUGCCUAUCUGUCUCCAAGGCAACUGCCUUCACGUGAACGAGAACUUUUGUCACGUGACGAAGAAGAACCGGAAGUACCUCACUACCUCAGAUCUCCAUCGUGUAGAAGCUUAAGUUCAUCAUAUUAUGAGCCUGAGCGAUUCAGAGCUAAGCGUCGUAUUGACGUUGACGACGAAUAUGUUUCUACUCCAAAGAGAUUGAAAUGCGAUUUAGAAAGAGAAAUGGGAUAUCGUUACCUCCAGCAGCUUGAAUCUGAUAUAACAAUGGUCAGAAAUAAACUUAGUAACCCGGAAACGGAAUUUAAGAAGCGAGUUAACUGCACAUGCGCAAUCAUGGAGAGGCAGUUCUUAGAAAUGGCGGAAAGUGCGUACAGAUCAGUACGUAGAAUAGACGCAUCACCUCGUGGAUUUGAACAAUUCAGACGCGAGCUGAUACAGACGAACGAAGUCAUGAAAGACUCAAUGGACGUGCUGAAGAACAUCCGGGCAUUUUGUGAGCAUAAAUGCUAGAACAUCCGGGCAUUUUGUGAGCAUAAAUGCUAGAACAUCCGGGUAUUUUGUGACAUAAGUGACAUAAGUGCUGGAACCGUGUUGUCGACGAGUUUGCUCAUUUUAACAUUUCAUCAGAUGUCAAUUACAUCAUCUAUUUAUUACUAUUUAUUGAAGCAAUGCAGCGACUAAAGUAUUAUAAAAACGAAACAAUAUCCGUCCAGAUUGUUUAAUAAUAAAAACCAGCAACAACAUCAUGUCUCUGAUAAAAAGCACGCUUUACGUGUUGUACAAUAUUGAAAAAGGGAGAUAAUUUUGUAUCUAUCCAAAAUGACGCUAUACAUUGUAUAUUGUAAAAGGGAGAUAAUUUUGUAUUUUUCUCCAGACUACCGCCACCUAGUGGCAAUAUUGUAUGAUUUAUGCUGUGAUUCUUACUGUGAUGUUUAAAACAGAAGCACAGGGACCUAUAUAUUUAUCAUAUAGUUUGUUUUACCUCGUAGUCUCUUUUCUUAAGAGAUAAAUAUUCACAUCAUUCCACGCCUUAAAGUGUUCCUUUAAACAACAAUGUGUUCAGAAACAAUUAAGUGUUUUACUCUCCUAUAUGUUUAUAGAUAAUAACUUGAGUUUGGGAACCAGUGCCUGAAUUGAAACGAUCCUAUUGGUCAUUACAAGAUAGAACUCUGGAAUAGCCAAUAACAAUGCUGAAUUUCUGUUACUGGUUCCUCCUGUUUUUUACGUUACUAUGACUAGUUAUCUUCUCAUUUUUCAGUUAGUUAAUAGAUCAGAUACUUAAUUGUGAUUACAAGAGUUAAAGUUCUUAAUUUUCUUUACUGUUAACAUUGAAUAAUUAGACUCUUUAAUGUUACAAAUUUAUCUUUUUUGCCUUGUUACUCUAAAGGUUAGUAAUUAGAAUUAGACGGUAUCUUUAUUCAUAUGAGAGUUAUUGUUCUUGACUUUUAUUAAAAUAAAUGAUUAAAUACUUAGAUAAUAUAAUCAGAAUUUCAAAAGAGUUGCUAGCAAAUAUAGAAAUUUGAGUGCACAGACACUGUUAGAUUCCUUGUGAUUGAUUUACCUUUAAUCCCUGUUUUUUAACCCUCCUUUGCUGUGAUUUUCCCUUAUUUUGUGUUAACCUAUUUACCUUUAACAUUCCUUUAUUUAGCGUAUUUAUUUUACUCUUAAAUUAUUAUUGUUUUUAUAUAUAGAUUAUUUAAUAUUUAUUAGAUUUUAAAAAGAUUUUAACUGUAUUUGUAAUAUAACUGGCAGAAGUUGACCCUAUCGCAAAAAUCUAUUUCGUUAAACUCGUGCAAGUGUGAAAACAAAACGGAAAAUAAUUAAUAAAAGAUAAAACUAAAUCCAUCUUAAACCAGAUCUACAUGAUAUUUGUCAACCUCUAUAUAAAGGGUAUUGUCAUUUUAGGCUAGUAAUGCAAAGGAGUUUGCAGUAUCAUUUUUAGGCUUCUGAGAAAACAACUUGUCAGAUUUGUCAGUUAUAUUUCAAAUUCGAUUGUUAAAAAAAAGACGCCGCGUGCUGUGGACACAAAUGUAGUUAAAAUAGUUGAAUAUUACUCUUAUAGUGGUUUGUUUAUUAAAUUCUAGUUUAACCACAGUUUAAUGUAGACACUUAGUGAGUAAAAACACAUGCAUGUUGUAAAUCGGCGCCAAAAUUCGAAUAUUUCGUUUAGAACUUUCUGAAAGAUUUGUUUGAGUUUUGUCGUUGACUUACAAUGUAUUAUGUUUUAGAUUAUCUUUUCGUUUGAAACGAAACGAUUAUAUCCCUUAUCCUUACCGUCCAAGGACCCCCUUAUUUAUCCUCUGUGCGUACAUGCGUCUGUCUGUUUGUAUUGUUGAACGUGCGUUCGUUUGAUUGUUGAUUGUUUGUUUUAUUUAAAGUAUUUAUAACUUUAUUCCUGUCUCGAUUUACGAGAAUUUAUUUGAUUUUGAAACUGAAAUUUUUACAAAAAUAAAAGAAAUUUUUAUGAGAA